CGUCUGUUGAACUUUCAGAUAAGCCUGAACGUAACAUUACAGCUUGACUACUGCUGCUUUUCAGUUGCCCUGUAUGAUCUGGUUGGCAGGAUGUCUUGAAGAGAUAAAGCAGUCCCAAGUAUGGCGAUGUUGUUUGACGGGAUCAGUCAGCAGCUGGACUUCACUAGCUGUGGAGAGGAGGGGAGCAGCAGUGACAACAACUCAGAUGACUGUACCUCCAGGAUCCGAAGCCCCAGAAUCCAGACUCCCAGGAUCCGAAGCCCCAGAAUCCAGACUCCCAGUAUCCGAAGCCCCAGAAUCCAGAGUCCCAGGAUCCGGAGUCCCGGCUCUGCGUGCAGAACACCCAGGGUGCAGCGCCACCACAGCAGAAGUAAAACCAUAUCAUCCCCUUUACAGUGCACCAGCCCAAUACCAUACGCUUCCUGGAGUAAACUGAGGCUUUGUGACUCUCCCAACACGCCCAAGAGUCUGCUUUCCAAGUCAUCCCACCCUUGCUCCAUCUCGAAGAUUGGUAGCAAUCGGAGGACCCUGCGUUUCGCCUCAGCUGCUGCAAACCUCAUCCAGGUGCCUUCUGUCAACGUGAAUCCUUUCACCCCUGACACAGUACGUAAGAAUAGUGAGCAGCAGUGGAGGAACAGCUGUAGGAGUGAUGAUGACGACGACUAUGGACGCAGGUUGAAACACAGCCUAACGUCAUCUGAAGAGGAUGAUGAGGCCUUUCUCCCACCGAAGAGGCGAGCUGUCCAAGCCUUCAUGCUGUCACGCUACGAGAGCGAGUUCCUGGAGCUGGAGUGCAUUGGCGUGGGCGAGUUUGGGGCAGUUUAUAAGUGCGUGAAGAGGCUGGAUGGUUGCUUGUACGCCAUAAAGCGCUCUCGCCGACCCCUCGCGGGCUCUGCCAACGAGCAGCUGGCCCUAAAGGAAGUGUAUGCACAUGCUGUUCUUGGGCACCACCCACAUGUUGUGCGCUAUUAUUCAGCAUGGGCAGAGGACGAUCACAUGAUUAUUCAGAAUGAAUACUGUGAUGGUGGAAGUCUCAGUGAUGCCAUUGUGAAGAGGCAGAUGCAGUGUGAGCUGUUUUCAGAGGCAGAAUUGAAAGACCUGCUCUUACAAGUGUCGAUGGGUUUAAAAUACAUCCACAGCUCAGGUCUCGUACAUCUGGACAUCAAACCAAGUAAUAUUUUCAUUUGCCAGCGUCCCAGCACAACUGCAGCAGGUGAGGGGGAGAGUGAGGAGGAAGAUGAUGGAAGCACUUCAGCAGGAGUCAUUUACAAAAUUGGGGACCUGGGACAUGUGACAUCAACCAACAGUCCUCAAGUAGAGGAAGGGGAUAGCCGCUUUCUGGCCAGUGAGGUCCUCCAUGAGGAUUACAGCCACCUCCCCAAGGCAGACAUCUUUGCUGUGGGUCUUACGGUGCUGCUGGCAGCUGGGGCUCCUCCUCUGCCUCAAAAUGGAGAUGAGUGGCACAGGCUUCGAGAGGGCAAGCUCCCCAAGCUGCCACAGGAGCUCUCACCUCCCUUCAGAGGCCUACUUCAGUUGUUGCUGGAUCCAGACCCGACAAAGCGCCCAUCUGCCAGGGAGCUUUGCAAGCACACAGUAUUAAGGGAGGAGAGGACUGGGAGGCUGGCUGCCCAGCUACGCAGAGAGCUCAAUGUAGAGAAGUUCAGGACAGCCAUGCUUGAAAAAGAGCUCCAGGAGGCUCGUGAGGCAGCACUGUCACCUAAGCAGAACCUCCCCUCUGAGCUGAAACCUCCUGCCAAGAUGGGGUCUCUACCCAGAACAGGGAGGAGGCUUGUUGGUAGGAAAACGGCGCGAUCCAUGAGCUUUGGUUGCCCUGGGUAUGGAGUCUGAUGGGACAUUGCGAGACCCAUACAUCUGUUCUUGGCACCACUUCUGAAACCUGACUGUAGUAGAAAUGCAGCAUGUCCAUUUGAGAGAACAGUAUGACAAGCUUCUCUAUACAGGACUGGUAUUGGACUUGAUGGUUAAUCUUGAAUGGGCCUUGUGAGAGUGCUGAUGUAACUGAAAGACUGGAGAGCCUUGGACAGCAUUUGUUUGGAAGGAUUACUUUGACUCAAAUGUUUGUCUCAAGUGAUCAUUUCAACAUCUUGUAACUGCUUCAGACCAGUGUACAUGACCAGUGAAAGACUUGUUUUAUAUAUUUUUUUUAAAACUGUAAAUAAACAUUUUAAGCAUUUUAUC